AUGGGAGAAGGCACACUGUAUACGGAAGAAGAACCAUACCAGGAAAACUAUCCGAAUGUUAUGGAAGGAGUAUUGGAGGAUGUGAUGGAAGCACCCAAUGAAGAGCAAUAUGGAGAUGGCGUGUUUCAAGCAUUCGAAGCCGCUAAUGAACCAUUAUACGAAGGAUGUGUAGAAGGUAUUUCUCAGUUAUACUUGGCGUCACGUUUAAUGAAAGUAAAAACUGAUCAUAAUUUACCGGAGUCUUGUUUGGAUGAGAUAUCACAAACGUUUAGAGAUGUUCUGCCACAACCAAACAAAUCUCCUGAAUCAUAUUAUGAGAUGAAGAAGUUGACAAAGGCGCUUGGUCUUCCUGUUCUGAAGAUUGAUGUUUGUGAAGAUAACUGCAUGUUAUUUUGGAAGGAAGAUAAAGAUUUGGUGGUGUGUCGAUUUUGCGGGAAAGAUAGAUAUCACCAGAACCAUGGAAAGGGGAAAAAGCGGCCCAAACAAAGAAUGUUUUACAUGCCUAUUACGGAGAGGUUGAAGCGAUUGUACCAACUUGAAGAAACUGCAGCACAAAUGCGAUGGCACGCAGAACAUGAGUCGCCCGAAGGAGAAAUGCAUCACCCUUUUGAUGGAGCAGCUUGGAUGCAUUUUAACAAGGUAUAUCCUGAUUUCACUGAAGAAAGUCGGAAUAUAUAUCUAGGCUUAGCAACAGAUGGAUUUAACCCAGUUGGUAUGAGUGGUGAAGCACAUUCGGUCUGGCCAGUAAUUGUUACUCCGUAUAACUUACCUCCUGGGAUGUGUAUGAAAAGAGAAUAUUUCUUUUUAUCCGUCCUAGUUCCCGGGCCAAGACAUCCAAAGAAGAGCAUUGAUAUAUAUUUGCAGCCGCUAAUUGAAGAAUUGCAAAGUUUAUGGAGUCACGGGGCAGAAACAUACGAUAUCUCGAGAAAGGAAACAUUCACGAUGCGAGCCGCAUUAAUGUGGACAAUUAAUGACUUUCCUGCUUAUGGCAUGAUGUCAGGUUGGAUGACUCAUGGUCGUUUAGCUUGUCCAUAUUGUCUCGAUGAUACAAAGUCAUUUUGGUUGAAACACGGAAGGAAGCAUAGCUGGUUUGAUUGUCAUCGAAUGUUUCUACCUAAAGAGCAUCCUUACAGGAGAAAUGUUCAAGCGUUUCGAAGGGGGAAGACAAUAAGUGAUGAUCCUCCACCAUGGUUGACGGGAGAAGAAAUUCGCUAUGAAAGAAUCAACAACAUCGUUGGGCUAAAGAAAACGGUUGAAUGA